CACAUUGUGAGCAGCUUAGAAGUACGAAAGGCUUGCCCUCAUAACCAGACGCGCAAUACAACAGCCUCAAACAAUAGCACGCUGUUUUCACUCUGUUGAAGGCGCAUUCUCACGGCCUGGGUGCUCCUCUACAGUCGCGAGUCACCUGGAACAUUUAUUUAUAGACACACGCCCGAGGGACAGAGCUCAGGUUCGCACUUUCCACAGCACCUCGCGGGCAGACUAAACAAUGGGACUUAAAUGCGCAUUCGCAUUCCUAGCCUUUUCAUGCCUGGUUGUCAUUGGGUCCAGCAAAGAAACACCAACGUUUGAGGAGCUGGUGGAGCAAUCAGAACGACGCUUGGUGAAGAGGGACAUCCUGGAUGAUAUCCGCAAUGCCUUUAAAUCAGCAGGAGACACUUUCAGCAAUGUUAUCGAUAGAAUCAAAGGCUUCAGCCAGGACGCCUAUGAGAAAUUCAUCCAGUCGCUCCCGUCUCUGGACAAAGAGGACAUGCAGAAGGCCCUGGACAAGAUAAGGGGGUACUAUGACACGUUGCAGGACAAGUCCUCGGCCACUGCCCAGAGGAUGAAAAUGACCAUGGAUGAACUGACCAAGGAUAUUUCUGCAAAUGGGUCAACCAGAGUCUACCAGAGUUCCCUGAUUGCAUCCAUCCUGUCUACAAUCCUGGCUGUCUUCCUAUCCCUGUGAGAAGGACGAGUGAUCUGAGGUGCCGCAACUCAUUGUACAGAGUUGCGUCCCUUUGUUGCAAGGAUCCGCAGGGUUGGCGUCGCUUAUUUCCCGACUUGCCGUCACCGUGUCCGUGUUCAAGGUUCUCUCCAAAGUAGUACACGUCAACGACCUGCGUUACUUUGGGCGGCUCUCCACAUGAGGCGGACACCCCACUACAUAAAUGAAAUAUUAAGUCGCCGUUAAAAUCAUUUUUCUUAAAUUCUCCCCCGCAUCGACCUGUCUCCUAAUGUUCUCAGUAUUCGUGAUCGGUUCAUUCCAUACAAUGUGAUACAAGCUUUAUGAUAAUCAGAGCUUUUGUAAGAAAUAGAUGAUGCAAAAGCUACUUCAUCAACAGGGUGGUGUAGUAUGUACAUUUGUAAAUAUACGUACUAGGUAUACUAGCAAUAGAGUAAUCACCUUGGCCCUUCCCCAAAGUGAUGACAGCACUUCAUCUGUGUAGUCCCCCCUCCUCUCCGUAGUCGAGUGCUGCCCUGGUUUUGUGGAACGAGUGCCUCAUUAAUGACCAUUCCGUUUUAAAUAAUUGUAUUUUCUAACUUCUGAUAAUAAACAGUAAAAUUUU